AUGCCACGAAAGGCUCGCUUUUAUGGAAGCAUCGACGACUUGAACGACCGUCAUCGUUGCUUGGAAGCUCUUGUCAAAGGUCUAUUCCCCCAAGAACGCCUCGACACUGUACACGAUCUCCUGGACCUAGGACGCCGUCAUGGCUGCCGGAUGCCAGAUCUGCAGGCUGAGUCAGGUGAUGCAGAACGUGCAGUGCAGGAUACACCUUGCUUUAGUCAAAUAACAUCUGUGCCAACGCCACCCCAACAGCUUCACCAGGGUGAGACGCAAUCGCAAGCGGGCAAAGAUACGUUAUCCAGUUCAGUCCGUGAUAGGUCUGGCAACACCUACUACAUCGGGCCUUCAGGAUCGCUGAGUUUUUUUGCUGAGCUACGAGAGCUCUUACGAGUCCGCAAUGGAAACCCGGAUACUCAGAACAGGUCCGACUUCAUCGGCGAUGACACUGCGCAAGCACUGGAUGCGGACGGUUCUAACGAACAGCAAUCUGACACCGGUAUUCAGGCAGACUCGUCGCCAGCCUCGAUGGACUCGACUCUCGCUCGCCAAUUCUCGAGUACCUCCAAACCAGGGCUGGAAUACCUACAAACGCUGCCCUCCAACGAGGUUAUUGAAGCACUACUACAUUCUUUUUUCGAGCAAGUCCAUCCGGAUUUCCCACUUUUCCAUCGAGCUACUUUUCAUGAUGAAUUCGAGAUGUAUGUGGCACGAAUCCGAACGGCAAGAAAAAGCGAUACAGGCUCAAACGACCUUAACUUCGGACCAGACUGGGGCUGGGUCGCGUGUCUGCACAUCGUCAUGGUUUUUGGGUCGCUCAGUGCCCCCAGACAUCCAGCCAUUAACAUCGAGCAACUCCGGCACGAUUCAUUAUCCAUAAUCUCCAACAUCCUUCCUCAACUUCUGUCAAGGUGUUCGAUUACGAACGUUCAAGCACUGGUGCUACAAGCCUUGUUUAUGCAUAACAACAAUGAAAGGAAUGGUGCUUGGAACCUACUCGGCGCUGCGUCUAGAGAAGCUAUAGCCCUGGGCCUUCACGAGAUCAGCUUUGGUCAGUCAUUUCGCCCAAUCCAGCGCGAGAUCCGAAAACGUGUUUUCUGUACCCUCUUCAGCUUUGAGCAGUUCCUAUCAUCCAGUCUUGGGAGGCCAAGCAGCAUCAGCGAAUCUGAUAUAGACUUUGCACCUCCAAACAAAGGCUUCUUUGAUGACGAUGGUGGAUACGGGGACCACUUUUUGAUGCUGAGCAUUCAACUCCAAAAAAUAUUAGGCCGUACAAGGUCUGUUCUUGCUGUUACGCGGCAACCUCAAAAACAUUCGGUAGCAGGGUCGAGCCGCACAAGUCCAGAAGAUGAGAUACUUGCCAGCACAGCGGAAUGGAUUGAGAGUCUUCCCACACAUCUUCGACUACCCAGUGUUGCAAGUGUUGAAGGUCUAGCUUUGCCAUCUAGGCCACUUCUUACUGAUCUUGCGCCAUUAGAAGAUAUUGAAAAAGCCUUAAGUCGACAACCGCCACAACAGUUACGCAAACUCCUUAUGCUUCAUGUCCAAUAUCACCAUAUAGGUAUCUUGGUCUGUCGGUCGUCCAUGCUACGAAAGACAGGCUCAGCAAUGCAGGAAGACUACCCGAACGGAUCAAGACAAAACCACAACGGAAAGGCAGAUAUAUGUGUCUACCACGCGUGUCAAAGCGCAUCUUUGAUCGCCUUGCUGCAUCGAUUCCAACUGUUUAACGGCAUUUCUGCUUUGGAUGUCUUUUAUGCGUACCAGACUACCAUGGUUCUUCUCCUUCGUCAGUUGACCUGCGGGCCUAAUGGCAAUAAUCACAGCACACUGGCCCAGCAAGGCAAUGAAGCCUCGAUCAGUUUGAUAAUCAGCAAACUCAAGUCCGCCAUCAAGGAGACUAAGAAGAGUGGAACCAUGAAGCGCUUUGGUGCCGUCGUUGAGAAAUUCUCUCAGGCAGUCGCGGGAUCUCUCAGUACGAAAAGUCACCUAGGGGGUAUUGGCGAGUCCUCCGGAACAGAGCCGGGGUUCUACGCCGCUGAACAUGCCUCAGCCGUCGACAGAACUGUUGAAAAAGUCUCUGAUAGUGCACAGUACGUGUUAUCGCCUCACAAUUUCGCCAACCAUGAUGUUUUCGAUGUACAACAAGGCGGCGUGAGCUCUUUCACAGAAAUGCAAGAUGCGAAUCUCUGGGUUGAUCCACUUAACUACUUGACAGAUGGCCAAGUAAUGGACUGGGCUAAUCUGGAAGCUGUUUUUACCAUUUGA